UGACGCCGCAAAACAUUUGAUGCAAACCACUCCCUUUAUUCUUCUUCUCCUCCUUUGAUCCGCAACUGCAACAACACCACCUCAAACUAAGUCAUUAUAGUGCACCAGCCUUCCAAGGCCCAAACUCCUAUCCAAAGCAUUCAAGUCAAUUGAAAGCCAAACCCUAGCACUUUCUCAUACACACACUCAUACCACUGUGAUGUCGUGAUCCUUAUCGCGAGCAUGAUCAACAACGCCAACGGCAUGGUUUCAACGUCUUCUUCAUCGAAUACUGCACAAGCGCAAUCCACUGCCUUGAAGACGCAUUUCAAGACUCCUGAAGGCCGAUACAAGCUUCACUGCGAUAAGACUUACCCUUCCACUCUUCUUCACUACGCGCAUGGCAAAACCGUCUCUCAGGUAACUCUGGCACUUCUCAAGGACAAGCCGUUGCCUUCAACACCGACUGGGCUGUCUUCGAGUUUCAGUGCCAGCAUGGGGGUACGAUCAGCAGCAGCGAGAUUGUGGGGAGGAAGCAAUGGAGGCCGGUCUCUUAGUUUUGUUGGAGGCAAUGGUAGUGGCAAGAACCUUGGGGGGAACUCUCGGAUUGGUUCAAUUGGUGCCUCUAGUUCAAGUAAUUCAGCAGCCAAUUCAAAUUUUGAUGGGAAAGGAGCUUACUUGAUCUUCAAUGUUGGGGAUGCGAUUUUCAUAAGUGAUUUGAAUUCACAAGACAAGGACCCCAUAAAGUCUAUCCACUUCAGUAAUUCAAAUCCUACGUGCCAUGCCUUUGAUCAGGAUUCUAAGGACGGGCAUGAUUUGCUCAUUGGCAUGAAUACUGGCGAUGUUUACUCAGUGUCACUGAGACAACAAUUACAGGAUGUUGGUAAAAAGCUUGUUGGGGCCCAGCAUUACAACAAGGAUGGUUCUGUCAAUAACAGCCGUUGUACUUGUAUUGCUUGGGUGCCUGGAGGUGACAGUGCCUUUGUUGUAGCUCAUGCUGAUGGGAAUUUGUAUGUAUAUGAAAAGAACAAAGAUGGUGCUGGUGAUUCUUCAUUCCCAGUUGUCAAAGAUCAAACACAAUUCUCUGUUUCCCAUGCACGUUACAAUAAGAGUAAUCCAAUAGCCAGAUGGCAUAUAUGUCAGGGUUCAAUCAACAGUAUUUCUUUCUCAACUGAUGGGGCUUACAUAGCAACUGUUGGACGAGAUGGUUAUUUACGAGUGUUUGAUUACUUAAAAGAACAACUUAUAUGUGGUGGGAAAAGUUAUUAUGGUGCUUUGUUAUGUUGUGCUUGGAGCGUGGAUGGAAAAUAUAUUUUGACUGGAGGAGAGGAUGAUUUAGUUCAAGUUUGGAGUAUGGAAGAUCGCAAGGUUGUGGCAUGGGGUGAGGGACAUAACUCAUGGGUCAGCGGAGUGGCUUUUGAUUCAUAUUGGUCAUCACCUAAUUCAGAUGACAAUGGAGAGAUAGUUAGAUAUCGAUUUGGUUCCGUUGGUCAGGACACACAAUUGCUUCUGUGGGACCUGGAAAUGGAUGAGAUCGUGGUACCCUUGCGACGUCCUUCAUGUGGAUCCCCGACUUACAGUGUUGGAAGCCAGUCAUCCCAAUGGGACAAUGUUGUCCCGUUGGGUACUUUGCAACCUGCUCCUAGUAUGUUGGAUGUUCCAAAAAUCUCUCCACUUGUUACCCACUGUGUUCAUACUGAACCACUGUCAGGCUUGAUAUUUACCCAAGAAUCUGUACUUACCUCCUGUCGGGAGGGGCACAUAAAAAUCUGGAUGAGACCUGCAGCUGCCGAGAGCCAAUCAAGCAACUCUGAAAACUUGUUAGCUACCAGCCUCAAGGAGAAGCCUUCAAUUUCGAGGCUAAGAACCAUGCGAUUUACUUCUCACGGGUGCCUUCAGUGGCCUCUGGUUUUUAAUCGAGCCCAUCGGUGCCGUGUGAUUCAUGUAGUUGACCUCACUUAGUGGGUUAAAGCUAUUAUUAUCGUUUUUUAUAUGGUUUAUCUUUUUAUCCAGUUGAUUACCAAGUUUUAACAUUUUGAUUCUAGUAAAAAGAUAAACCCAAUUGGUUCUGUUGUAUAUACUGGGAUGAGCAUGCCAUUGAUGGCACUGUGGGGAUGGGAAGGCAAAUACUCUCAGGCCUCUUACUGUAAGUAAAAAACGGCUGUCAUUAAUAUAUGUCUGAUUACAGGAAUAAUGUGAAAUUGGUUCUUGGAAAACCGUACUUUGGAGUGCCUGCCA